AUGGCGCAAGACACGAGCGAGCGCGCCACCGGCGGCAGUCUUGAAGAUGUGACCAAGUCUAUUAACCGGCUCCGAGUAUCGAGUGAAGAUUCAAAGGUCAAAAAGCUCGAGUCCAAGCCUGUCGAGUCCUGGGAAGACGAGAGCUCAGAUACCGAAACAGAAACAGAGGGAAUAUCGACACCAGACAGACCCUCCACAUCCCAUCUGCCUCCUGUGCCUCCCUCAACACCAUUCUCUCCCGCGCGCCAACGCGAGCAGAUCGCGUCCCAAGGAUCUUUACCAGAUUUCGAUUUCGUCAACGGCACCUUCGACACCACUUCCACAGACGCUGCACCAGCAUCCAGUAGAAGAGGAGAUGAUAAGAGACCAGAGAAGAYAACAGCUGUCGCAUCGAGGCUUAUCGCUGCUGCAAUAGGGCAGAAGGUACCGAGGCGAACAGAAGAAGAGAGAAAGUAUGAUCAGGCUAUGAAGAUUCAGGAGAAGAAGAAGCGGGAUCAGGCGAGAGAGGCAGAGGCCAGGAAGAAACUGGAGGCCGAACAAGCGAAGAAGGCUAUCUGGGACGAUUGA